AAACCUUUCUCUCUUCAGCUUUUGAAUUUCUACCACUGAACACAGUAAAUGUUUCUCUCUCAUUGUAUCUCACACUCAUUCAACUCAGCCAUAACCCAACUUUGCUUCUCUCUUUCCACUUUUCUUCAACUUCAUCACCUACUUCGUUCCUUUUCCAAGAUCCGGGUUUGCCCUUUUUUUCCUUUUCCAAUUUUUUAUUUUUUAAUCGUUAUUGUUUUUCCUCUCAAUAAUUCCUCAUGCCGAUUUCACUGGGGCAUUCUUCUUUCCGCUUUUCUAAUCAUGCAUUCAUCCCCAUUUGUGAUGGUUUCAUAGAGCUGAAACUGUAUCAUUCAUGCACAUAAAUUAUGAUGAUGGGCGUUUUUUGUAUUUAAUCAUUUGAGCCCUUUUGUAUUUAGUCUUUGAUUUUUCAACAAAGUUCGAGUCUUGAUGAGACCUUGAUGCUAUUUUGAUUAUUGGGUUUUCUGUAAAAUGGAGUUUGAACCUCUGAGUUUAAGUAACGAGGUUAUUGAAUUUGAUAUGAUUGGAUUGGGGGAUGAUACUGCCAUUGACAUUGAGCACCCUGUUGAAGAUGAUGAUGACCUUGUGAACAUUGAUAAUGUUCCUGCUGCUACUGUUAUUACUGGUGUAGCUAGUGGUAUGGGACCUCAAAUCCCAGGAGGGGACACCAACCUUGAACCUUAUCAAGGUAUGGACUUUGAAUCUGAAGAGGCUGCUAAGGCCUUCUAUAAUUCGUAUGCUCGCCGUGUUGGCUUUAGUACAAGGGUGAGCAUGUCUCGACGCUCUAGGCGCGAUGGUGCCAUAAUUCAGAGGUCUUUUGUGUGUGCCAAGGAAGGUUUUCGUGUGGAGAAGGAGAAGCAUUCUAUUGAUGGGAGAGUGAAGCGGCCUCGUGCUGAAACCCGAGUUGGCUGCAAGGCGAUGUUGGUUGUGAAAAUUCAAGAUUCUGGCAGAUGGGUUGUUUCUUCCUUUGUCAAGGAACACAACCAUGAAUUGGUUCCCCCUGAUAAGGUGCAUUGCCUUCGUUCUCAUCGCCAUGUUUCGGGUCCAGCUAAGUCAUUGAUUGAUACUUUGCAGGGUGCUGGAAUUGGGCCCAGUGGAAUAAUGUCUGCACUUAUCAAAGAGUAUGGUGGAAUUAGCAAUAUUGGUUUCACUGAGCGUGACUGUAGGAAUUAUAUGAGGAGCAGUAGGCAAAGGACCCUUGGAGGUGACACUCAAAUCCUCCUGGAUUACUUGAAGAGAAAACAAACAGAGAAUCCUUCAUUUUUCUAUUCUGUACAGGGUGAUGAAGAUCAUUGCAUGAGUAAUAUCUUCUGGGUUGAUCCCAAGGCCAGGACUAACUACACUUACUUUGGUGACACUGUCACCUUUGACACAACAUAUAGGUCAAACCGCUAUAGAUUGCCUUUUGCACCUUUCACUGGAAUAAAUCAUCAUGGACAGCCUGUAUUAUUUGGUUGUGCUCUUCUGAUAAAUGAAUCUGAGGCUUCUUUUGUUUGGCUGUUCAAAACCUGGCUUGAAGCAAUGUCAGGCCGACCUCCAGUUUCAAUCACUACUGAUCAUGAUAGGGUGAUUCGUGCAGCCAUCAACUGUGUCUUUCCUAAUACUCGCCACCGAUUUUGCAAGUGGCACAUUUUUAAAGAAUGCCAAGAGAAGUUGUCUCAUGUGCUUUCUGAACACCCUAAUUUUGAAGCUGACCUCCACAAAUGUGUUAACCUGACAGAGUCCACUGAGGAGUUUGAGUCUUGUUGGUCCUCUCUAAUUGAUAGGUAUGAUCUCAGGGAAAAUGAAUGGCUCCAAGCAAUUUAUGGUGAUAGGCGGCAGUGGGUUCCAGUGUACUUGAGGGACACUUUCUUUGCAGAAAUGUCAAUAACACAAAGAAGUGAUAGCAUAAACUCUUACUUUGACGGAUAUAUCAAUGCAUCAACAACACUUCAGCUUUUUGUUAAGCAGUACGAGAGGGCUCUGGAGAGCCGUUAUGAGAAAGAAGUCAAAGCUGACUAUGACACAAUUAACACUGCUCCGGUUCUGAAGACUCCAUCACCUAUGGAGAAACAGGCAGCUGGAGUUUACACAAGGAGAUUGUUUAUCAAGUUUCAAGAAGAGUUGGUUGAGACAUUAACUUUCUUGGCAAACAAAGUAGAUGAAGAAGAAAUGAUUACCACAUAUAGAGUAGCCAAGUAUGGGGAAACUCAUAGGGCCUACUUUGUCAGAUUUAAUUAUUUUGAGAUGAAAGCUACUUGUAGUUGCCAGAUGUUUGAGUUUUCUGGUCUAGUUUGUAGACACAUAUUAACUGUUUUUAGGGUGACAAAUCUUCUUACCUUACCAUCUCAUUUUAUUUUAAAAAGAUGGACCAGGAAUGCUAAAAGUGGUGUCAUAUUGGAUCAACGUACUGCUGAUUUGUCCAAUGGUGCUCGAGAAUCUAUAACUAUCAGAUACAAUAAUCUUCGUUAUGAGGCCCUUAAGUAUGUUGAUGAGGGAGUGAGCUCUCGAAAAAUUUACGAUGUGGCAAUGAGUGCCCUUCGGGAGGCUGCAAAUAAAGUGGCACUUGCAACAAAAAAUGGUGGAAGAGAUGUUAUUUUAAAUGGAACUUGUAAAGAUGUUCUUCAGAGCAAUGAAACAACUAUAAGUUGUAGUGAUCCUCAAUUUGGCGCACAACAAUCUUCAUCUAAGGAUGACCAAGACAGAACAAUUGAGAAGUUGACACGUCAACUUGACCGAGCUAAAAGGAAGUGUGAAGUUUAUAGGUCCAACCUGUUGUCCAUUUUAAAAGAUAUUGAAGAGCAGAAGCUAGAAUUAUCAGUUAAAGUCCAAAAUAUCAAGUUAGAGAUGAGAGAUUGAUUUAUGAUUGCAUUGAUGCAUGUAUUCUCUCGUGUAGUUUAACCCUCUUGCAAAGCAUUUUAGCAGGGUGUCUGUGUAUGCAGAAUAGUGUAGUUCGGAAGCUGCUGGAGUGAAUGUCUAACCAGUCUUUAACAGUGAAAUUAAAAAAAAAUUUGUUUCUAUUUUGUGCAUAUGUUGGUUAUGAGUCAUUCAACUUCUGCUAGUUUCUUACAAAUGAGAAUAUACAGAGCUAGGAGACACGGCCAUGGUAAGAAACAACACAACUAGCAAAUCGAAAUCACAGUUGAGAGAAAACUCGAUUAUGGAAAUGUUUAAAUGGAAUUUGUCUUCACAC